AUUUGGUGCAACACUGACAUAACCUAAAAACACUAAAUAAAAAACAAAACAUUCCGAAUUUAUUUUUCUACAUUUCUAUAAAAAUGGAAGACACAGAGCUAGAUUCGUCUGAGCUAGGCACACGGCAGUACUGGGUAAACGCUUACACGAAGGAAAUAAUUAACUUUGACGAACAUGGUGACCCAGGUGAUGUGUGGUUCGGCGAAGAUAGUGCUUAUAGGGCUAUAAAAUGGAUUUGCAAUUCUGGUGUUGACAAAUCUAGCCCGAUUAUUGACUUAGGUUGUGGUAAUGGCUACACUCUCACAGAACUAGCUAGGGAGGGCUUCACAAACCUCCUGGGAGUAGAUUACUGUCAGGAAGCGAUCACUCUUGCAGAGAAAGUUGCUGAGAAAGAGUUUCCAGAGAUUAAAUUUGAGAUAUUUGAUAUAACAGAAGGUGAUGUAAGGAAAUUAGGUAAAUUUAGUAUAAUACAUGAUAAAGGCACGUACGAUGCGAUAUCGUUGAAUCCGGAGCAUCCCAAACGACACAGAGAAAAAUAUAUACAGCAAGUUAAUGAUAUGAUGGCAGAUGACGGAUUUUUCAUAAUAACAUCAUGCAACUGGACAGAAGAAGAGUUAAUAAGCCAUUUCUCCGAGAAGAUGAAGUUGAAGUGCGUGAUACCGACUCCGCAGUUUAGGUUCGGGGGGAAGGUGGGGAGUGUGGUGUCAUGUGUGGUGUUUAGUAAAUAAAUAUUAAAAUGUG